UUUAGCUCGGCAAAUAUCAUGUUCAUGGAGGCAUUCCUCGUAUUGGUGCUGAUUUUAUCAGCCACCGCAACAGAAAUGGAUGGAAGGAAACAAGAAGACCUUGUUGCAGCAACUAGAGAGAUGCAAAAGGCAAGUUACUUUACCUUUGUAAUGCUCAUCAACAUGUCUCCACCUGACACAAGACUGGUGGGGAAUGUGACUUUCUUGAUGCCCAACGAUCGAAUGCUGGCUAACAUGGUUUUGCAAGAAGGAUCUGUCUCUGGCUUCUUGCUUAGGCAUUCAAUUCCAUCACCUUUGCUCUUUGAAGUCUUCGGACAGUUCCCCACAGGAACAACUAUUCCCACUUCAUUGCCUAAUUGCAUGCUAAGAGUCUCUAACAAUGGUAGGAAGAACUAUGUUCUAAACAACGUUAAACUCAUCAGCCCAAAUAUAUGUGUGGCAGGAUCCUCAAUUCGGUGCCAUGGAAUUGAUGGAGUUCUCUCAAAAGUUUGUACAUCAGUACGUAAUUACAGUGUUCCCACACUUACAUGUGAUAAUAGCACAGAACCUUCAUGUAAAGCAUCGCCUAUUUCACCUUUGCCUUCAGCUCCUUCCCCUGCUAGGGACAUCCUUAAUAAUUCUCCUUCAUUUACAACACCUGAUGCAACAACAACAAGAGUUGAACCACACAAAUCAGGGUCACCCUAUUGGUUUUCUCAUCAUAUAUCCUUAGCUUUCUUAAUGUUGUCUCUUUCUUUUUAAUCCAUGUAGAU